AUGCGGGCUUGUGCUUCUUCUGCUUGCGCUUCCUUUGCUCGUGCUUCCUAUUCUUGUGCUUGCUGUGCUUGUGCUUCCUCUGCUUGUGCUUCCUCUGCAUGUGCUUCCUCUACUUGUGCUUCCUCUGCUUGUGCUUCUUCUGCUUGCGCUUCCUCUGCUUGUGCUUCCUCUGCUUGUGCUUCCUCUACUUGUGCUUCCUCUGCUUGCGCUUCCUCUGAUAGCGCUCCUCUCCUUGUGCUUCCAAUGCUUCUGCUUCCUCUACUUGCGCUUCCUCUGCUUGCGCUUCCUCUGCGUGUGCUUUUUUGCUUGUGCUUCAUCUGCUUGUGCUCCUUUGCCUGUGCUUCCUCUGCUUGUGCUUCCUUUGCUUGCGCAUCUUCUGCUUGUGCUUCCUCUGCUUGCGCUUCCUCUGCUUGUGCUUCCUCUGCUUGCGCUUCCUCUGCUUGCACUUCCUUUGCUUGCGCUUCCUAUGCUUGUGCUUCCCCGGCUUGCGCUUCCUCUGCUCGCGCUUCCUCUACUUGUGCUUCCACUGCUUGCGCUUCCUCUGCUUGCGCUUCCUCUGCUUGUGCUUCCUCAGCUUGCGCUUCCUCUUUUUGUGCUUCCUCUGCUUCUGCUUCCUGUGCUUGCACUUCCUCUGCUUGUGCUUCCUCUGCUUGCGCUUCCUCUUGUGCUUCCUCUGCUUGCGCUUCCACUGCUUGCGCUUCCUCUGCUUGCGCUCCUCUGCUUGUGCUUCCUCUGCUUGUGGUUCCUCUGCUUGCGCUUCCUCUGCUUGUGCUUCCUCUGCUUGCGCUUUCUCUACUUGUGCUUCCUCUGCUUACGCUUCCUCUGCUUGAGCUUCCUCUACUUGUGCUUCCUCUGCUUGUGCUUCCUCUGCUUAUGCUUUCUCUGCUUGUGCUUCCUUUGCUUGCGUUUCCUCUGCUUGUGCUUCUUCUGCUUGCACUUCCUUUGCUUGUGCUUCCUCUGCUUGUGCUUCCUCUGCUUGUGCUUCCUCUGCUUGUGGUUCCUCUGCUUGCGCUUCCUCUGCUUGCGCUUCCUCUGCUUGUGCUUCCUUGCUUGUGCUUCCUCUGCUUGCGCUUCCUCUGGUUGCGCUUCUUCUGCUUGUGCUUCCUCUACUUGCGCUUCCUCGGCUUGUGCUUCCUCUGCUUGCGUUUCCUCAGCUUGCACUUCCUCUGCUUGCGCUCCUCUGCUUUUGCUUCCUCUGCUUGUGCUUCCUCUGCUUGUGCUUCCUCUGCUUGUGCUUCCUCCGCUUGCGCUUCCUGUGCUUGUGCUUCCUCUGCUUGUGCUCCCUCUUCUUGCGCUUCCUCUGCUUGUGCUUCCUCUGCUUGUGCUUCCUCUGCUUGUGCUUCCUCUGCUUACUCUUCCUCUGCUUGCGCUUCAUCUGCUCGCGCUUCCUUUGCUUCUUCCUCUGCUUGUGCUUCCUCUGCUUGUGCUUCCUUUGCUUGUGCUUCCUCUGCUUCUGCUUCCUUUGCUUGCGUUUCCUCUGCUUGUGCUUCUUUUGCUUGCGCUUCCUUUGCUUGUGCUUCCUUUGCUUGUGCUUCCUCUGCUUGUGCUUCCUUUGCUUGCGCUUCUUCUGCUUGUGCUUCCUCUGCUUGCGUUCCUCUGCUUGUGCUUCCUCUGCUUGCGCUUCCUCUGCUCGCGCUUCCUCUAUUUGUGCUUGCACUGCUUGCGCUUCCUCUGCUUGCGCUUCCUCUGCUUGUGCUUCCUCUGCUUGCGCUUCCUCUUUUUGUGCUUCCUCUGCUUCUGCUUCCUUUGCUUGCGCUUCCUCUGCUUGCACUUCCUCUGCUUGUGCUUCCUCUGCUUGCGCUUCCUCUGCUUGCUCUUCCUCUGCUUGUGCAUUGUCUGCUUGCGCUUCCUCUACUUGUGCUUCGUCUGCUUACGCUUCCUCUUCUUGCGCUUCUUCUGCUUGUGCUUCCUCUGCUUGCGCUUCCAUUGCUUGCGCUUCCUCUGCUUGCGCUCCUCUGCUUGUGCUUCCUCUGCUUGUGCUUCCUCUGCUUGCGCUUCAUCUGCUUGUGCUCCUUUGCCUAUGCUUCCUCUGCUUGUGCUUCCUUUGCUUGCGCAUCUUCUGCUUGUGCUUCCUCUGCUUGCGCUUCCUCUGCUUGUGCUUCCUCUGCUUGCGCUUCCUCUGCUUGCUGUUCCUUUGCUUGCGCUUCCUCUGCUUGUGCUUCCCCGGCUUGCGCUUCCUCUGCUCGCGCUUUCUCUACUUGUGCUUCCACUGCUUGCGCUUCCUCUGCUUGCGCUUCCUCUGCUUGUGCUUCCUCUCUUUGCGCUUCCUCUGCUUGUGCUUACUCUGCUUGCGCUUCCUCUGCUUGCUCUUCCUCUGCUUGUGCUUCGUCUGCUUGCGCUUCCUCUACUUGUGCUUCAUCUGCUUACACUUCCUCUUCUUGCGCUUCUUCUGCUUGUGCUUCCUCUGCUUGCGCUUCCACUGCUUGCGCUUCCUCUGCUUGCGCUUCUCUGCUUGUGCUUCCUCUGCUUGUGCUUCCUCUGCUUGCGCUUCCUCUGCUUGUGCUUCCUCUGCUUGCGCUUCCUCUACUUGUGCUUCCUCUGCUUACGCUUCCUCUGCUUGAGCUUCCUCAACUUUUGCUUCCUCUGCUUGCGCUUCCUCUGCUUGUGCUUCCUCUGCUUGUGCUUCCUUUGCUUGCGUUUCCUCUGCUUGUGCUUCUUUUGCUUGCACUUCCUUUGUUUGUGCUUCCUCUGCUUAUUCUUCCUCUGCUUGUGCUUCCUCUGCUUGCGCUUCCUCUGCUUGCACUUCCUCUGCUUGUGCUUCCUCUGCUUGCGCUUCCUCUGCUUGCUCUGCCUCUGCUUGUGCUUUGUCUGCUUGCGCUUCCUCUUCUUGUGCUUCGUCUGCUUACGCUUCCUCUUCUUGCGCUUCUUCUGCUUGUGCUUCCUCUGCUUGCGCUUCCAUUGCUUGCGCUUCCUCUGCUUGCGCUCCUCUGCUUGUGCUUCCUCUGCUUGUGCUUCCUCUGCUUGCGCUUCAUCUUCUUGUGCUCCUUUGCCUGUGCUUCCUCUGCUUGUGCUUCAUUUGCUUGCGCAUCUUCUGCUUGUGCUUCCUCUGCUUGCGCUUCCUCUGCUUGUGCUUCCUCUGCUUGCGCUUCCUGUGCUUGCGCUUCCUCUGCUUGUGCUUCCUUGUUUGUGCUUCCUCUGCUUGCGCUUCCUCUGCUUGCGCUUCUUCUGCUUGUGCUUCCUCUACAUGCGCUUCCUCUGCUUGUGCUUCCUCUGCUUGCGUUUCCUCAGCUUGCUCUUCCUCAGCUUGCGCUCCUCUGCUUUUGCUUCAUCUGCUUGUGCUUCCUCUACUUGCGCUUCCUCUGCUUGUGCUUCCUCCGCUUGCGCCUCCUCUGCUUGUGCUUCCUCUGCUUGCGCUUCCUCUGCUUGCGCUCCUCUGCUUGUGCUUCCUCUGCUUGUGCUUCCUCUUCUUGCACUUCCUCUGCUUGUGCUUCCUCUGCUUGCGCUUCCUCUGCUUGUGCUUCCUCUGCUUACGCUUCCUCUGCUUGCGCUUCGUGUGCUCCCGCUUCCUCUGCUUGUGCUUCCUCUGCUUGUGCUUCCUCUGCUUGUGCUUCCUCUGCAUGCGCUUUCUCUGCUUGCGCUUCCUCUGGUUGUGACUCCUCUACUUGCGCUUCCUCUGCUUGCGCUUCCUCUGCUUGCGCUUCCUCUGCUUGCGCAUCCUCUGCUUGCGCUUCCUCUGCUUGCGCUUCCUCUGCUUGCGCUUCCUUUGCUUGUGCUUCCUCUGCUUGUGCUUCCUCUGCUUGUGCUUCCUCUUCUUGUGCUUCCUCCUCAUGUGCUUCCUCUACUUGUGCUUCCUCUGCUUGUGCUUCCUCUGCUUGCGCUUCCUCUGCUUGUGCUUCCUCUGCUUGCGCUUCCUCUGCUUGCGCUUCCUCUGCUUGCGCUCCUCUGCUUGUGCUUCCUCUGCUUAUGCUUCCUCUACUUGUGCUUCCUCUGCUUGUGCUUCCUCUGCUUGCGCUUCCUCUACUUCUUGUGCUUCUUCUGCUUGCGCUUCCUUUGCUCGUGCUUCCUAUUCUUGUGCUUGCUGUGCUUGUGCUUCCUCUGCUUGUGCUUCCUCUGCAUGUGCUUCCUCUACUUGUGCUUCCUCUGCUUGUGCUUCUUCUGCUUGCGCUUCCUCUGCUUGUGCUUCCUCUGCUUGUGCUUCCUCUACUUGUGCUUCCUCUGCUUGCGCUUCCUCUGAUUGCGCUCCUCUCCUUGUGCUUCCAAUGCUUCUGCUUCCUCUACUUGCGCUUCCUCUGCUUGCGCUUCCUCUGCGUGUGCUUUUUUGCUUGUGCUUCAUCUGCUUGUGCUCCUUUGCCUGUGCUUCCUCUGCUUGUGCUUCCUUUGCUUGCGCAUCUUCUGCUUGUGCUUCCUCUGCUUGCGCUUCCUCUGCUUGUGCUUCCUCUGCUUGCGCUUCCUCUGCUUGCACUUCCUUUGCUUGCGCUUCCUAUGCUUGUGCUUCCCCGGCUUGCGCUUCCUCUGCUCGCGCUUCCUCUACUUGUGCUUCCACUGCUUGCGCUUCCUCUGCUUGCGCUUCCUCUGCUUGUGCUUCCUCAGCUUGCGCUUCCUCUUUUUGUGCUUCCUCUGCUUCUGCUUCCUGUGCUUGCACUUCCUCUGCUUGUGCUUCCUCUGCUUGCGCUUCCUGUGCUUGCUCUUCCCCUGCUUGUGCUUCGUCUGCUUGCGCUUCCUCUACUUGUGCUUCGUCUCCUUACGCUUCCUCUUCUUGAGCUUCUUCAGCUUGUGCUUCCUCUGCUUGCGCUUCCACUGCUUGCGCUUCCUCUGCUUGCGCUCCUCUGCUUGUGCUUCCUCUGCUUGUGGUUCCUCUGCUUGCGCUUCCUCUGCUUGUGCUUCCUCUGCUUGCGCUUCCUCUACUUGUGCUUCCUCUGCUUACGCUUCCUCUGCUUGAGCUUCCUCUACUUGUGCUUCCUCUGCUUGUGCUUCCUCUGCUUAUGCUUUCUCUGCUUGUGCUUCCUUUGCUUGCGUUUCCUCUGCUUGUGCUUCUUCUGCUUGCACUUCCUUUGCUUGUGCUUCCUCUGCUUGUGCUUCCUCUGCUUGUGCUUCCUCUGCUUGUGGUUCCUCUGCUUGCGCUUCCUCUGCUUGCGCUUCCUCUGCUUGUGCUUCCUUGCUUGUGCUUCCUCUGCUUGCGCUUCCUCUGGUUGCGCUUCUUCUGCUUGUGCUUCCUCUACUUGCGCUUCCUCGGCUUGUGCUUCCUCUGCUUGCGUUUCCUCAGCUUGCACUUCCUCUGCUUGCGCUCCUUUGCUUUUGCUUCCUCUGCUUGUGCUUCCUCUGCUUGUGCUUCCUCUGCUUGUGCUUCCUCCGCUUGCGCUUCCUGUGCUUGUGCUUCCUCUGCUUGUGCUCCCUCUUCUUGCGCUUCCUCUGCUUAUGCUUCCUCUGCUUGUGCUUCCUCUGCUUGUGCUUCCUCUGCUUACGCUUCCUCUGCUUGCGCUUCAUCUGCUCGCGCUUCCUUUGCUUGUGCUUCCUCUGCUUGAGCUUCCUCUGCUUGUGCUUCCUCUGCAUGCGCUUUCUGUGCUUGCGCUUCCUCUGGUUGUGACUCCUCUACUUGCGCUUCCUCUUGUUGCGCAUCCUCUGCUUGCGCUUCCUCUGCUUGCGCAUCCUCUGCUUGCGCUUCCUCUGCUUGCGCUUCCUAUGCUUGGGCUCCUCUGCUCGUGCUUCCUCUGCUUGUGCUUCCUCUGCUUGCACUUCUUCUGCUGUUGCUUCCUCUGCUUGUGCUUCCUUUUCUUGCGCUUCCUCUGCUUGUGCUUCCUCUGCUUGCGCUUCCUCUGCUUGCGCUUCCUCUACUUGCGCUCCUUUGCUUCUUCCUCUGCUUGUGCUUCCUCUGCUUGUGCUUCCUUUGCUUGUGCUUCCUCUGCUUGUGCUUCCUUUGCUUGCGUUUCCUCUGCUUGUGCUUCUUUUGCUUGCGCUUCCUUUGCUUGUGCUUCCUUUGCUUGUGCUUCCUCUGCUUGUGCUUCCUUUGCUUGCGCUUCUUCUGCUUGUGCUUCCUCUGCUUGCGUUCCUCUGCUUGUGCUUCCUCUGCUUGCGCUUCCUCUGCUCGCGCUUCCUCUAUUUGUGCUUCCACUGCUUGCGCUUCCUCUGCUUGCGCUUCCUCUGCUUGUGCUUCCUCUGCUUGCGCUUCCUCUUUUUGUGCUUCCUCUGCUUCUGCUUCCUUUGCUUGCGCUUCCUCUGCUUGCACUUCCUCUGCUUGUGCUUCCUCUGCUUGCGCUUCCUCUGCUUGCUCUUCCUCUGCUUGUGCAUUGUCUGCUUGCGCUUCCUCUACUUGUGCUUCGUCUGCUUACGCUUCCUCUUCUUGCGCUUCUUCUGCUUGUGCUUCCUCUGCUUGCGCUUCCAUUGCUUGCGCUUCCUCUGCUUGCGCUCCUCUGCUUGUGCUUCCUCUGCUUGUGCUUCCUCUGCUUGCGCUUCAUCUGCUUGUGCUCCUUUGCGUGUGCUUCCUCUGCUUGUGCUUCCUUUGCUUGCGCAUCUUCUGCUUGUGCUUCCUCUGCUUGCGCUUCCUCUGCUUGUGCUUCCUCUGCUUGCGCUUCCUCUGCUUGCUGUUCCUUUGCUUGCGCUUCCUCUGCUUGUGCUUCCCCGGCUUGCGCUUCCUCUGCUCGCGCUUCCUCUACUUGUGCUUCCACUGCUUGCGCUUCCUCUGCUUGCGCUUCCUCUGCUUGUGCUUCCUCUGCUUGCGCUUCCUCUUUUUGUGCUUCCUGUGCUUCUGAUUUAUUUGCUUGCGCUUCCUCUGCUUGCACUUCCUCUGCUUGUGCUUACUCUGCUUGCGCUUCCUCUGCUUGCUCUUCCUCUGCUUGUGCUUCGUCUGCUUGCGCUUCCUCUACUUGUGCUUCAUCUGCUUACACUUCCUCUUCUUGCGCUUCUUCUGCUUGUGCUUCCUCUGCUUGCGCUUCCACUGCUUGCGCUUCCUCUGCUUGCGCUUCUCUGCUUGUGCUUCCUCUGCUUCUGCUUCCUCUGCUUGCGCUUCCUUUGCUUGUGCUUCCUCUGCUUGCGCUUCCUCUACUUGUGCUUCCUCUGCUUACGCUUCCUCUGCUUGAGCUUCCUCAACUUUUGCUUCCUCUGCUUGCGCUUCCUCUGCUUGUGCUUCCUCUGCUUGUGCUUCCUUUGCUUGCGUUUCCCCUGCUUGUGCUUCUUCUGCUUGCACUUCCUUUGCUUGUGCUUCCUCUGCUUAUUCUUCCUCUGCUUGUGCUUCCUCUGCUUGCGCUUCCUCUGCUUGCACUUCCUCUGCUUGUGCUUCCUCUGCUUGCGCUUCCUCUGCUUGCUCUUCCUCUGCUUGUGCUUUGUCUGCUUGCGCUUCCUCUUCUUGUGCUUCGUCUGCUUACGCUUCCUCUUCUUGCGCUUCUUCUGCUUGUGCUUCCUCUGCUUGCGCUUCCAUUGCUUGCGCUUCCUCUGCUUGCGCUCCUCUGCUUGUGCUUCCUCUGCUUGUGCUUCCUCUGCUUGCGCUUCAUCUUCUUGUGCUCCUUUGCCUGUGCUUCCUCUGCUUGUGCUUCCUUUGCUUGCGCAUCUUCUGCUUGUGCUUCCUCUGCUUGCGCUUCCUCUGCUUGUGCUUCCUCUGCUUGCGCUUCCUCUGCUUGCGCUUCCUCUGCUUGUGCUUCCUUCUUGCUUUUCCUCAGCUUGCGCUCCUCUGCUUUUGCUUCAUCUGCUUGUGCUUCCUCUACUUGCGCUUCCUCUGCUUGUGCUUCCUCCGCUUGCGCCUCCUCUGCUUUCGCUUCCUCUGCUUGCGCUUCCUCUGCUUGCGCUCCUCUGCUUGUGCUUCCUCUGCUUGUGCUUCCUCUUCUUGCACUUCCUCUGCUUGUGCUUCCUCUGCUUGCGCUUCCUCUGCUUGUGCUUCCUCUGCUUACGCUUCCUCUGCUUGCGCUUCGUGUGCUCCCGCUUCCUCUGCGUGUGCUUCCUCUGCUUGUGCUUCCUCUGCUUGUGCUUCCUCUGCAUGCGCUUUCUCUGCUUGCGCUUCCUCUGGUUCUGACUCCUCUACUUGCGCUUCCUCUGCUUGCGCUUCCUCUGCUUGCGCUUCCUCUGCUUGUGCUUCCUUGCUUGUGCUUCCUCUGCUUGCGCUUCCUCUGGUUGCGCUUCUUCUGCUUGUGCUUCCUCUACUUGCGCUUCCUCGGCUUGUGCUUCCUCUGCUUGCGUUUCCUCAGCUUGCACUUCCUCUGCUUGCGCUCCUUUGCUUUUGCUUCCUCUGCUUGUGCUUCCUCUGCUUGUGCUUCCUCUGCUUGUGCUUCCUCCGCUUGCGCUUCCUGUGCUUGUGCUUCCUCUGCUUGUGCUCCCUCUUCUUGCGCUUCCUCUGCUUAUGCUUCCUCUGCUUGUGCUUCCUCUGCUUGUGCUUCCUCUGCUUACGCUUCCUCUGCUUGCGCUUCAUCUGCUCGCGCUUCCUUUGCUUCUUCCUCUGCUUGUGCUUCCUCUGCUUGUGCUUCCUUUGCUUGUGCUUCCUCUGCUUGUGCUUCCUUUGCUUGCGUUUCCUCUGCUUGUGCUUCUUUUGCUUGCGCUUCCUUUGCUUGUGCUUCCUUUGCUUGUGCUUCCUCUGCUUGUGCUUCCUUUGCUUGCGCUUCUUCUGCUUGUGCUUCCUCUGCUUGCGUUCCUCUGCUUGUGCUUCCUCUGCUUGCGCUUCCUCUGCUCGCGCUUCCUCUAUUUGUGCUUCCACUGCUUGCGCUUCCUCUGCUUGCGCUUCCUCUGCUUGUGCUUCCUCUGCUUGCGCUUCCUCUUUUUGUGCUUCCUCUGCUUCUGCUUCCUUUGCUUGCGCUUCCUCUGCUUGCACUUCCUCUGCUUGUGCUUCCUCUGCUUGCGCUUCCUCUGCUUGCUCUUCCUCUGCUUGUGCAUUGUCUGCUUGCGCUUCCUCUACUUGUGCUUCGUCUGCUUACGCUUCCUCUUCUUGCGCUUCUUCUGCUUGUGCUUCCUCUGCUUGGGCUUCCAUUGCUUGCGCUUCCUCUGCUUGCGCUCCUCUGCUUGUGCUUCCUCUGCUUGUGCUUCCUCUGCUUGCGCUUCAUCUGCUUGUGCUCCUUUGCCUGUGCUUCCUCUGCUUGUGCUUCCUUUGCUUGCGCAUCUUCUGCUUGUGCUUCCUCUGCUUGCGCUUCCUCUGCUUGUGCUUCCUCUGCUUGCGCUUCCUCUGCUUGCUGUUCCUUUGCUUGCGCUUCCUCUGCUUGUGCUUCCCCGGCUUGCGCUUCCUCUGCUCGCGCUUCCUCUACUUGUGCUUCCACUGCUUGCGCUUCCUCUGCUUGCGCUUCCUCUGCUUGUGCUUCCUCUGCUUGCGCUUCCUCUUUUUGUGCUUCCUGUGCUUCUGAUUUAUUUGCUUGCGCUUCCUCUGCUUGCACUUCCUCUGCUUGUGCUUACUCUGCUUGCGCUUCCUCUGCUUGCUCUUCCUCUGCUUGUGCUUCGUCUGCUUGCGCUUCCUCUACUUGUGCUUCAUCUGCUUACACUUCCUCUUCUUGCGCUUCUUCUGCUUGUGCUUCCUCUGCUUGCGCUUCCACUGCUUGCGCUUCCUCUGCUUGCGCUUCUCUGCUUGUGCUUCCUCUGCUUGUGCUUCCUCUGCUUGCGCUUCCUUUGCUUGUGCUUCCUCUGCUUGCGCUUCCUCUACUUGUGCUUCCUCUGCUUACACUUCCUCUGCUUGAGCUUCCUCAACUUUUGCUUCCUCUGCUUGCGCUUCCUCUGCUUGUGCUUCCUCUGCUUGUGCUUCCUUUGCUUGCGUUUCCUCUGCUUGUGCUUCUUCCGCUUGCACUUCCUUUGCUUGUGCUUCCUCUGCUUAUUCUUCCUCUGCUUGUGCUUCCUCUGCUUGCGCUUCCUCUGCUUGCACUUCCUCUGCUUGUGCUUCCUCUGCUUGUGCUUCCUCUGCUUGCUCUUCCUCUGCUUGUGCUUUGUCUGCUUGCGCUUCCUCUUCUUGUGCUUCGUCUGCUUACGCUUCCUCUUCUUGCGCUUCUUCUGCUUGUGCUUCCUCUGCUUGCGCUUCCAUUACUUGCGCUUCCUCUGCUUGCGCUCCUCUGCUUGUGCUUCCUCUGCUUGUGCUUCCUCUGCUUGCGCUUCAUCUUCUUGUGCUCCUUUGCCUGUGCUUCCUCUGCUUGUGCUUCCUUUGCUUGCGCAUCUUCUGCUUGUGCUUCCUCUGCUUGCGCUUCCUCUGCUUGUGCUUCCUCUGCUUGCGCUUCCUCUGCUUGCGCUUCCUCUGCUUGUGCUUCCUUGUUUGUGCUUCCUCUGCUUGCGCUUCCUCUGCUUGCGCUUCUUCUGCUUGUGCUUCCUCUACAUGCGCUUCCUCUGCUUGUGCUUCCUUUGCUUGCGUUUCCUCAGCUUGCUUUUCCUCAGCUUGCGCUCCUCUGCUUUUGCUUCAUCUGCUUGUGCUUCCUCUACUUGCGCUUCCUCUGCUUGUGCUUCCUCCGCUUGCGCCUCCUCUGCUUGUGCUUCCUCUGCUUGCGCUUCCUCUGCUUGCGCUCCUCUGCUUGUGCUUCCUCUGCUUGUGCUUCCUCUUCUUGCACUUCCUCUGCUUGUGCUUCCUCUGCUUGCGCUUCCUCUGCUUGUGCUUCCUCUGCUUACGCUUCCUCUGCUUGCGCUUCGUGUGCUCCCGCUUCCUCUGCGUGUGCUUCCUCUGCUUGUGCUUCCUCUGCUUGUGCUUCCUCUGCAUGCGCUUUCUCUGCUUGCGCUUCCUCUGGUUGUGACUCCUCUACUUGCGCUUCCUCUGCUUGCGCUUCCUCUGCUUGCGCUUCCUCUGCUUGCGCAUCCUCUGCUUGCGCUUCCUCUGCUUGCGCUUCCUCUGCUUGCGCUUCCUUUGCUUGUGCUUCCUCUGCUUGUGCUUCCUCUGCUUGUGCUUCCUCUUCUUGUGCUUUCUCUGCAUGUGCUUCCUCUACUUGUGCUUCCUCUGCUUGUGCUUCCUCUGCUUGCGCUUCCUCUGCUUGUGCUUCCCCUGCUUAUGCUUCCUCUACUUGUGCUUCCUCUGCUUGCGCUUCCUCUGCUUGCGCUCCUCUCCUUGUGCUUCCUCUUCUUGUGCUUCCUCUGCUUGCGCUUCCUCUGCUUGCGCUUCCUCUGCUUCCACUUCCUCUUCUUGUGCUUCCUCUGCUUGCACUUCCUCUGCUUGUGCUUCCUCUGCUUGCGCUUCCUCUACUUGUGCUUCCUCUGCUUACGCUUCCUCCGCUUGAGCUUCCUCUGCUUGUGCUUCCUCUGCUUGUGCUUCCUUUGCUUGUGCUUCCUCUGCUUGUGCUUCCUUUGCUUGCGUUUCCUCUGCUUGUGCUUCUUUUGCUUGCGCUUCCUUUGCUUGUGCUUCCUUUGCUUGUGCUUCCUCUGCUUGUGCUUCCUUUGCUUGCGGAUCUUCUGCUUGUGCUUCCUCUGCUUGCGCUUCCUCUGCUUGUGCUUCCUCUGCUUGCGCUUCCUCAGCUUGUGCUUCCUCUGCUUGUGCUUCCUCUGCUUACACUUCCUCUGCUUGCGCUCCUCUGCUUUUGCUUCCUUUGCUUGUGCUUCCUCUGCCUGCACUUCCUCUGCUUGUGCUUCCUCUACUUGCGCUUCCUCAGCUUAUACUUCCUCUGCUUGAGCUUCCUCUGCUUGUGCUCCUCUCUUUGUGCCUCCUCUGCUUGUGCUUCCUUUGCUUCCGCUUCCUCUGCUUGCGCUUCCUCUGCUUGUGCUUCCUCUUCUUCUUCCUCUGCUUGUGCUUCCUUUGCUUGUGCUUCCUCUGCUUGCGCUUCCUCUGCUUGUGCUUCUUCCGCUUGUGCUUCCUCUUCUUGCGCUUCCUUUACUUGCGCUUCCUCUGCUUGUGCUCCCUCUCCUUACACUUCCUCUGCUCGUGCUUCCUCUGCUUGUGCUUCCUCUGCUUGUGCUUCCUCUACUUGUGCUUCCUCUGCUUGUGCUUCCUCUGCUUGUGCUUCCUUUGCUUGCGCUUCCUCUGCUUGUGCUUCCCCUACUUGUGCUUCCUCUGCUUACACUUCCUCUGCUUGCGCUCCUCUGCUAGUGCUUCCUCUACUUGCGCUUCCUCUUCUUAUGCUUCCUCUGCUUGAGCUUUCUCUACUUGUGCUCCUCUACUUGUGCCUCGUCUGCUUGUGUUUCCUUUGCUUGCGCUUCCUCUGCUUGCCCUUCCUCUACUUGUGCUUCCUCUUCUUGUGCUUCCUCUGCUUGAGCUUCCUCUGCUUGUGCUUCCUCUCCUUGUGCUUCCUUUGCUUGCGCUUCCUUUGCUUGUGCUUCCUCUGCUUGUGCUUCCUUUGCUUGAGCUUCCUCUGCUUUUGCUUCCUCUGCUUGCGCUUCCUCUGCUUGCGCUCCUCUGCUUGUGCUUUGUCUGCUUGUGCUUCCUCUGCUUGCGCUUCCUCUGCUUGCGCUUCCUCUGCUUACGCUUCCUCUGCUUGCGCUUCCUCUGCUUGCGCUUCCUCUGCUUACACUUCCUCUGCUUGCGCUCCUCUGCUUGUGCUUCCUCUGCUUUGCUUCCUCUCCUUGCGCUUCCUCUGCUUGCGCUUCCUCUGCUUGCGCUCCUCUGCUUGUGCUUCCCCUGCUUGUGCUUUGUCUGCUUGCGCUUCCUCUGCUUGUGAUUCCUCUGCUUGCGCUUCCUCUGCUUCUGCUUCCUCUGCUUGUGCUUCCUCUGCUUGUGCUUCCUCUGCUUGUGCUUCCUCUGCUUGUGCUUCCUACGCUUGCCCUUCCUCUUCUUGCGCUUCCUCUACUUGCGCUUCCUCUGCUUGUGCUUACUUUCCUUACGCUUCCUCUGCUUGCGCUUCCUCUGCUUGUUCUUUCUUUGCAUGUGCUUCCUCUACUUGUGCUUCCUCUGCUUGUGCUUCCUCUGCUUGUGCUUCCUCUGCUUGCGCUUCCUCUACUUGUGCUUCCUCUGCUUGUGCUUCCUCUGCUUACACUUCCUCUGCUUCUUCCUCUGCUUGUGCUUCCUAUGCUUGUGCUUCUUCUGCUUGCUCUUCCUCUGCUUGUGCUUCCUCUGCUUGUGCUUCCUUUGCUUGA